GGGUGCACCAAUAAGACUGAACAUCGCUUUUUUUGUCCAUAAGAGGGAGUCAAGUUUCUUAUAUGCACCGUUUUCGCCCACUUCCACAACAGAACUCCAUAACACAUUGAAUGGACAGGGGGGGGGAAUAUUGCUUGACAACGAUUAUUUUCUCCCAUAGUGGCUGUUGGAAACUGUUAUGUGUGGUUGGAUAGUCAGUCGGUCGGUCAGUUCGCCCCUUCAGCCUUCAGCCGUAACUUCGCCUCUUCGCCGCAGCUGAAGAACAAGGUGGUUCAUGAUCACCAGGAAGCUCUGUAUUUUCUCAUACCUGGAUUAACUCGCAGGCGACACGAUUUUUUUUCUUUUUCUUUUACCCUUUUUUUUGUAACAGAGAGCCUUUUUCUCUGUCAGAAUGUUGUGGAAAUUAGCCGACAACGUGAAGUAUGAGGAUGACUGUGAGGAAAGGCACGACGGCAACAGCAAUGGGAACCCCCGGCUGCCUCACCUGCCAGCGGUCAGUCAGCACCUCUACAGCCCGUCCCCCUCCCUCUCACACUCGGCCAGUUCGGACUUCCAGCCCCCGUACUUCCCGCCUCCCUACCAGCCCAUCUCCUACCAGCAGUCCAGUGACCCCUACUCACACCUCGGCGACCCUUUCAACAUCAACUCCAUACACCAGUCGCCGUCGUCGAACCAGCAGCAAUGGCCCGGUCGGCAGGGCCAGGAGGGGCUCGGUGCGCACGGGAGGAGCGGACUGGCGAGUCAAAUCCUCGGCCUGGAAGGCUCGUCCGGGGUGAGGAGGGAAGGUUUCCGCCGGCCGGAGCUGCUGCCCCCACACGUGCACAGCAUAGAGUCGUCGGUUAUUGGUGAUAACAUGGGGAUGCACGAUAUGGGACACGGACUGGAGGAUGUUCAACAUGUAGAUGACCACAGUAUUAUUAUGGCAGAUCAGACAGUCAUCAAAAAAGUAUUAGGACUACGAGGUGGCAGGAACCUUGAUCGCUUACAGAGGACUUAUUAUCAGGGGGGCAUUCUUGCGGGGCCUGUCUCUCUACCCAAAGGCAACGCACUGGGUCUACCUUUCCAGAAAGAGUCCCUGCUGGGAAUGGUAUCAAACCCCACAGAGGUAUUCUGCUCCGUGCCGGGCCGUCUAUCCUUGCUGAGCUCCACAUCCAAGUACAAGGUUACCGUGGCUGAGGUCCAGAGACGUCUGUCACCCCCGGAGUGCCUCAACGCAUCGCUCCUGGGAGGGGUUUUACGCAGAGCCAAGUCAAAAAAUGGAGGUCGGUCUCUGAGAGAAAAGCUGGAUAAGAUUGGGCUCAACCUGCCUGCAGGAAGAAGAAAGGCAGCCAAUGUCACUCUACUUACCUCACUAGUAGAAGGCGAAGCUGUUCAUUUAGCAAGAGACUUUGGUUAUGUGUGUGAGACAGAGUUCCCUGCAAAGGCAAUUGCUGAAUACCUGGGCAGGCCGCACGUGGAACGCAACGAGGUUAACUCACGCAAGAACAUGCUCCUUGCUGCCAAGCAAAUCUGCAAGGAGUUCACUGACCUGCUUACUCAGGACCGUUCACCUCUGGGAAACUCUCGGCCGGCCCCUAUCAUGGAGCCUGGAAUCCAAGGCUGCCUGACCCACUUCAGCCUCAUCACUCACGGCUUUGGCUCUCCAGCCAUCUGCGCUGCCAUGACCUCGCUUCAGAACUACCUGAACGAGGCGCUCAAACAAGUGGACAAGAUGUACCUGAGCUCUGCUAGCGACACUCAGGGAUCCUCAGACAAUGGGAGCAAAUCUGCCGACAAAAUGGACAAGCACAGGAAAUGAGAGCUCAAAGGAGAAUCCUUAUGAACUUGCGAACCCCUGAGUCCCUUAAUCUUGCCGCCCUAUCUGCCCUUUUUGGACUUUUCAAAAAUCAAUAUUGAUUGAUAAGUAUCAUUAUCAGUCAUUUUGAGAGCUGAAUUUGUGUGUGAGUGUGUGCGUGUGAACUUUUGAAUUUAUUACAUAAUAAGUUGAUGAUUUCUAAGAACUUGCCACAGGUAGCUGCAAAUCAGUCUGUGUUGGCACCUAUGGUGAACGCCUGUGUACUGGUCCUAAUGGGAGCCCACCUAGUGAGGGCGUAAAACACCCCAUAUCAUACUAUGCAGUUCCAUACAAUGCCAAUGUGCUGAUGCUACAGCUAUGGGACCUGUUCUCUGUUGACAAGAGGAGGAAAAGCACAAAGUGCAUACUGUUUUUCUCUCCCUAGAGGACAUCAUUUCAAGAUGAGUUGCUGUGGCUGUGAAUUCCUCUCAGCCCCCCCCUCCCCCUCCUGCUCUGUCUGGAGGCAAAUCCACUGAUUUCCUGUGUCUCAAUGGACUUGCAAAGGACAAUUUUUAUAUGAGAAAGAGAGAGAAGAAAAUCCACUUCAUUUUCUUUUUCUUUCUUUCUUUUUUGUGUUUGAUUUGUACAACCACUUCAAAAUGGCUCCAGUGUUAUUGUGCUUUGUUCAUGAAAGAUGAUUUGAAUCUUAUGUAGGCCUGAAUGAGAGAAGACGAUUUUUGGUUUGUCAGUCUGUGUUUGGUCAGAAACCAGAGACUUUACAGCCUCUUAAGUGUUCAUGUGGAUUACAGGCAUAGCAAUGCUUCCAUUGUUUCUCUAUCUUUUAAACCUGGCAGCGUUGUUUUUGUGUCCACAUUAGGUAUUCAUCGUUCUUAGUAUUUAAAAAAAACCAACAAGUUACAACCAACCUAUUCAGUCCUGCCAGAGUGUAUGCAUGUUGUGAGAAUGUGUGUAAAUGUAUAUAUUUCUUUCUUUAAAACAUGUUUUUAAUUAGACAUUAAAUUCCAAACAUAGAAUUUUAUCCAGUGUCUUGCCCUGGAUGUAAAUAUUUUCUAAUUUAUGUUGUAAUUUAAUGGGCUUGUGUAAAUAAUGGUAUCAUUCUGGUGUAUGGUUUCACUUUUUAUGAUGAUCUGUUUAACUUUUAUAAAUGGGUUAGUUUUUUAUCAAGUAGAGGUUAGGAAGUGGGCAUGAUAUACUUUUUUGAAAAUAUGUAAAAAGAAAAAAAGGAAAAAUAAAAUAAAAUGAAAGACUCAA